AUAAACGAAACCAAAUUUCAAAAACCAACUCAUCAGUCUCUUUUCCUUUCUGAAACAAACAAUGGCAUGGUUUCAACUUUAAACCCAUAAUUUUCACUGAAACAUGGCAAUGUAUUUGAGAGAUGGUUGUUCCUUAUUACUGAAACUUCGCAAAUCUCCAAUCCCAUUUGUUUUAACCACAAACCCAAUUUCAAAUCCUGACAAACCCAACCUCAAUCCCUCUCCAAUUCCAGAAUCCCAAGUUAUACAAGUACUGAAACAUGAACCUGACAUUGUUUCAUCACUUGAAUACUUCAAAUCUUUAGCAAAUUCAGGAACUUUCAAACACACCCAUUCAACAUACCAAAUCAUGAUUGAAAAGCUUGGAAGAAACAAUGAAAUGGAUGCUGUUCAGUAUCUUUUGCAACAGAUGAAGCUAGAAAGUGUACCUUGUUCUGAAGAGUUGUUCAUUUCUGUGAUGGAUUCGUAUAGAGGAGCAAAGUUGGGUGAACAAGGUUUGAAAAUGUUUUAUAGGAUUAGGGAAUUUGGGUGUAAGCCUAGUGUUAAGAUAUAUAAUCAUCUUUUGGAUGCUUUGCUUGGUGAAAACAUGUUUAAGAUGAUUAGUCCUCUUUAUAAAAACAUGAAAGGUGAAGGAUUGGAACCGAAUGUUUUUACGUAUAAUAUUCUUCUUAAGGCGCUUUGUAAAAAUGGGAAGGUUGAUGGUGCCUGCAAGCUGCUUGAGGAAAUGUCUAAUAAGGGUUGUCCUCCCGAUGAUAUUAGCUACACUACUAUAAUCUCGUCUAUGUGUAAAUUGGGUGAAGUGGAUAAAGCGAAAGAGCUAGCUAUGAGAUUUGAACCUGUAGUGUCGGUUUAUAAUGCUUUGAUUCAUGGAGUGUGUAAGGGAUAUAGGAUUAACGAGGCGUUUGAUUUGAUGAAAGAGAUGGUGGGUAAAGGGGUUGACCCGAAUGUUGUUAGUUACUCGACGGUUAUUAGUUGUCUUUCUGAUAUGGGGGACGUUGACUUGUCGCUUGCAGUUUUUGCGCAAAUGUUUGUGAGAGGAUGCAGUGCUAAUGUUCAUACAUUUACUUCUUUGAUAAAAGGUUAUUUUGUGCGAGGGAGACUCGGCGAUGCUCUUGGUUUGUGGAAUCUCAUGAUUCGAGAGGGAGUUAAGCCAAAUGUAGUCUCGUACAACACUCUUAUACACGGUCUUUGCUCCAAUGGGAGGAUGGAUAAGGUGGUAUCGGUAUGGAAUCAGAUGGAGAAAGAUUUUGUCCGUCCAAACGUAACCACAUAUAGCACUAUCAUUCACGGCUUUGCGAAAUCUGGGGAUUUGAUUAGCGCUUGUGAAAUAUGGAACAAGAUGAUAAAUUGUGGUUGUCGUCCAAAUGUUGUGGCGUACACCUGCAUGGUGGAUAUCCUUUGUCAGAUGUCUAUGUUUGAUCAAGCUUUUGAUCUUAUUGAUAAUAUGAUUUCCGAUGGUUGUCCUCCAACUGUUGUUACAUUCAACAACUUUAUCAAGGGCUUGUGUCGUCGCGGAAGAGUAGAAUGGGCGAUGAGUGUGCUUGAUCAAAUGGAGAAAUAUGAAUGUUUACCUAACAUCAGAACAUAUAACGAGUUAUUGGAUGGCCUCUUUAGGGCGAACGCAUUCAGAGAGGCUUGUGGACUUAUAAGAGAGUUGGAAGAAAGGAAAAUGGAGUUAAAUUGUGUCACUUACAACACUAUCAUGUAUGGUUUAUCUUUUCAAGGAAUGCAUCAACAAGUUUUGCAGCUUUUGGGGAAAAUGUUGGUAAAUGGAGUUAAGCCAGAUGACAUUACAGUGAAUAUAACUAUUAAUGCAUAUUGUAAGCUGGGUAAGGUUAGAACAGCUAUCAAGGUUUUGGAUAAUAUCACUGCUGAAAAGGAAUUUUGUGCAGACAUAAUAACACAUACUAUUAUUUUGUGGGGUAUCUGUAAUUGGUUAGGCACUGAAGAGGCUAGUGUGUAUCUUCAUGAAAUGUUGAAUAAAGGAAUCUUUCCCAAUAUUGCCACUUGGAAUGUGUUGGUUCGAGGCUUCUUUAGUAACUUGGGUCAUAUGGGACCAAUCCGCAUUUUGGAUGAUAUACUGGAAACUUGAUAAUAUAGUUUGCAGUUUUUCAGAAACUGAUUCCCAGCCGUCAAAAAGUGAAUUUAGAGUGGGGAGAUCGUGACCACUGAUAAUAUUCUAAUGUUUAAAACCAAAUUGUCAUAUUUAUGAUACGGGGUUUUCAAUCUUGUACAAAUGGUGUGGUCAUUCACCCAACUGCUUGACUGCAGUGGACUGCGAGUUACAACUGCAGGCAAUCCAGGUGCCUAGCUGGGAGCAGUGAAAGUAUGGAGAAUGAAUGCGGUAGUGGUGGAAUCUCUGGUAGAAUUACAGUAUUCAAUUUCGGCUCUCUCCAAAUGUGACAUGCUGCUGCGAAUCUAGUGUAGUUUUUUUAUUAUAAGUGUACCUUAAUUUGCUAAAUUGUCACAUAAGAUUUAUGAUCUUCAGGCAGCAUCAAUAUGAUUAGUAUAAGCGGUUUCUUUUUUCUUAUGAAGUUCGAUUCUAAAAACAAAGCAUGCUGCGUGCAGUGUGAACAGAAAGUGGCAGCUGCGCAUGUGGUUGAUUAUGCUAAUUGCAACGUAGAACAGGUUGUAGAUUCAUAUGUACAACUCUAUUUUAACAUUGUAUUAUGUAUUAAAUCGAAAUCUGGCCGAUUUAAGUUUCAAUUAUAUGCUUAACAGUUAACACAGGUUUCUUUAGACAAACUGAACGGAGGAGUUUCAUAAUGU